AUGUGGGGAAACCAAUUUAGUGGCUCAAUUCAACUUUCAAUAUCAAAUGCUUCAAAAAUAAAAUACCUUGACUUAUCGCUUAACAAAUUUUCUCCUGGAGUGGCUAUUAAUUUUGGAAACCUAAAGAAUCUCUCUUGGUUUAGUUUAGAUAAGAGUGGUUUGGGAACUGGGCAUGUCAAUGACAUUAAUUUCUUAACUACUUUUGCCAAUUAUAGCAAAUUGAGAGUGUUGCAAUUACAGGAAAAUAAUUUUGGAGGUGUUUUACCGAAUUAUUUAGCUAACUUCUCAACAAAACUCGAGCAUUUAUCAAUGGCAGCAAACCAGAUAUUUGGAAACAUUCUAGCAGAUAUUGGAAAUCUUGUGAGCCUAAAUGCUCUAGCUAUGGACGAGAAUCAAUUGAUAGGAAGUUUUCCGACCUCUAUUGGUAAACUUGUUAAGCUUCAAGACUUGGGUUUUAGUGACAACAAAUUGUCUGGGGAAAUCCCUUCCUCUAUUGGAAAUUUAACACUAUUCAACCGGCUUUGGUUAGAAGAAAAUUAUUUUCAUGGAAACAUACCUUCAAGUCUUGGAAAUUGCCAAGGUUUGAUACUGUUGCAUCUUUAUGGUAAUGGUCUAUUUGGUAGCAUGCCUCAAGAAGUAAUUGGUCUCUCAUCUUUGUCAAUAUCUCUAGACUUCUCUCAAAAUUGUCUAGCUGGUCCUAUCCCUCUGGAAGUCGAUAACUUGAAAAAUCUUGUUGAACUAAAUCUUUCUUACAACAAGUUAUCUGGUGGAAUUCCUAGCAGCCUUGGCAGUUGCACUUGUUUGGAAUGCCUUUAUUUGGACAACAAUUCAUUUAGAGGAACCUUUCCACAAUUGUUGAGUUCUUUGAAGGCCAUCGAAGAAUUAAGUCUCUCACACAAUAACCUAUCGGGUGAAAUUCCCAAAUUUUUAGAAAGCUUUCCCUUUUUGAGGAAUUUAAACCUUUCUUUCAAUAAUCUUGAGGGAGAGGUACCAGCAGGGGGAGUGUUCUUGAAUGCAACUGCAAUUUUAGUGUCGGGAAAUAGCAAGCUUUAUGGGGGUAUACCUGCAUUAUAG